AUGGACGAAGUGCCGGCGAGUCCAGUGGCCGUAAAACGGAAGAAAUUUCGUCGUAAAGUAGGUUCACUCUUUAAACGUUCCAAAGAACCGGUCGGUUGUGAAAGUGUCACCGAUGAAGCAUCGUUCGAAAAGCAUACGGACGUAUCUGGUACGGAGGUUGGUGAGGUCGAAAGCGGUGCCAAGCGCAAGCUAGCAACAUUUUACUACAAUGAAAAUGUUGAUCAACUGAAAACGGUAACUGCAAAUCCGCUCGCGUCUGCUAUAUUGCUAGAGAAAGCUAGUUCCAUACAGAUGCCAACUCAAGUGCCAUCACGCGAAUUCAUUGCGUGUACGAACGAACAGUUUUUAACCGUGGAUGAAUUGGUAAGGCGAACCGGUGCUAGUAGUGGUCCUGAUUGUGUGUCUCCUCCAAAUGCCACACGGUCAUCCUCCACGAAACCUCAUAAUUAUAGCUUUAGCCAGAUGGAAAUCGAUACACAAAUGAUCAAUAUAUUCGAAGCGGCUGAUCUGUUGACCGGGUCAGCUUCUCCCGUGAAUCAGCAAUCAAAACCGAAGCCUAAACCAUCGGAUUUCGUAGAAAAUCCACCACCAGUUGAAACACCAGUACAGCUUGUCACUCAUCCUCAACCAUAUCCAACUGUUUCAAAAGAUUCCAUUCCAACACAUGAACGCACAAUAGCGCAGACAAUACUGGACGAUUUUACGCUGGAUGAAAGCGAACAGUGCUCGAUGGAAGUAGACUUUUCCAUCAUCAAAUCGGAAAGCUUACGAAGAAGAUUAAUUCAGUUGCGAGAUUUAAUCGCGAGCCCACCGAAGCCCGUGAAGCGAGAAGCUAUGUGUCGAAAGUAUGGACGAUCGCUCCAGAAGAAGAAGAAAGAGCAAAUGCUAGCUCGUCGGUUAAGCUACGGCACGGAUGAGUCCUCAACGAUGGGUCCACCGCUGAGUGACGAUGAGUUUGAUACAUCCUUCACACGCAACGCAACCGACAACAGCGAUAGUGACGUUUCGUUGGAUGGAAUGGUUCUAAAUGAAAGUACCCUUAUUCAAGCUAAUCUUACACAACUUUCGGCCUUCUUUUCGCAAGCGGUCAUAAGCCAGGAAGAGCAGGACAGAGUGCCGGAAUCCAGAAAUCCAAACGAUUCUCCUAAAUCUUCUUCCAUCGACCGGGAACCACCGUGUUAUGGCUUUGCUUCGCCUAUCUCGUUACCAACGGAGAGAGCAUGUUCUCCCAAAACUAUUCACGUAAAUUUCGCUACUUUUAGCGAAUUUGAGGAGCACAGUGUUUCUGCAUCCGAUGAGGAAAGCACAACAGCUAACAAUCAUCCAAUGCUCAUGGAACAGUUGCUGGAGGACGAUGACGAAUUGUUCAUGCUAGCACAUCACACCGCAGAUACACAGGAAGACGCAUCAAAUCGAGCACAUUUAGAAUCGAAAACAGAAAUCAUCAAUGUUAAUUCACGAAUUACGGCUCAAUCAACUGCGUCGAACAUCAACCAAAUGUGUGAUGGUUCUUCGAUAAACGAAUCUGAUGAAGCAUUAAUGAGAGCUCAAAGUAUGUUUGCAGAGCAAGAAACUAAACAAGUAAACAUUCAAAUGCUAAUGGCUAUGGCGCACCCAGUUUCCACUGAAAAUAUUUCCACCUAUCAGCUGCCAGAACGAAAAGAAGAACCAACUGAGAAAGAUCCAACAAAAAAUCAAGACUUCAUUGUGCCUGUAACACCAAUAUCAAUUAAAAAUGAACCCUGCAGUGGAGGAUUUAGUACAGCUGGUGGAAAUAUGAUCUCAGUAUCAGCUAAAGCGCUCAAAAAUGCUCAACAAAUGUUUGCCGAGGAGGAAGCAAAGCUUCAACAGGAAACAGAAACAAUACAAGCUUCUGAUACACCAUUACGAUUGAUCAUCGAUAAAAAAUUUAAAGAGCGAGAAUCCAUUAUUAAACAAGAAAAUCAACCAACAGUCAACGAUUCCAAUCGAACCGAAUUUACAGGUAUAUUCAGUACAGCCGGUGGUAAACCUAUAUCCGUCUCGAAAAAAGCUCUCGAUAUGGCACAAAAAACGUUUGACGAGGAACAGUUGAAGAUGGAGCAAGAAAGCAUCACUAACAAUAUGGGUCCGUUUGCCGGAGGUUUCAGUACAGCUAGUGGCAGUAAGAUAUCUGUCUCGAAAAAAGCAUUACAAAGUGCUCAAACAAUGUUUGCCGAAGAAGAAGCUAAAAGCUUGGAGCAGCAGGGAACAUCGACAGAAUCGAUCGUUACAUCUGCAUUUAUUGGUGGUUUUAGUACAGCUAGAGGCAAUAUAAUUGCCGUAUCGGAAAAAGCUCUUGCAAUGGCUCGAAAGACUUUUGAUGAGCUAGAUAAUGAAGAACUCAAGAGCAAAGGUCUGAAUGCGGCUGGUGGCAAUAUGUUUAAUAAAGCAAGUAAUUCAGAGGAAGAGGAAGCUAACAACAUACCCAAAAGCAACAAACAAACUGCUUUUGGAGGUGCAUUUAGUACAGCUAGUGGAGCCUCGAAAACAGUCUCCAAAGCAGCUCUAGAGAAUGCUAAAAAGCUAUUUGACGAAGAUGAUGCGAGUGUGGACAAAGAAAACCUUCCGCAUAAUGCGUCUUCUUUUAGCAGAGGCUUUAGUACUGCUAGUGGUAGCAAGAUUUCGGUCUCGAAAAUUGCUCUAGAAAAAGCACAGAGACUGUUCACCGAAGCAGACGGUACACCGGAUGGUGAGGUUGCAGCAGCAGCAGCGGCAAAUCGAUUAGGAGGUUUUAGUACAGCGAGUGGUAGUUCGAUUGUUGUCUCCAAAAAAGCUCUCGAAAUAGCACAAAAAAAGUUUGAUGAAGACGAGGCUGAUUCGACGAUCGAUAAAGAGAAUGUUACCAGCAAUAUUGUUGUUCCGUUUACCGGUGGGUUUAAUACAGCAAGUGGCAGUAAAAUUGCCGUAUCGCUGAAGGCAUUAGAAAAUGCCAAGAAAAUGUUUGUUGAGGAAGAAAGUGAGACGAUCUCGAACGGAAUCUCGGAAGCAGCUUUGAAGAAUAGUUCUACUAUAUCAGCGACAACGGUUCCUCAAAGCGCUUCAAUGUCUACCGGAAUGACUGCUUUUCCUACGUUUACUAGAGCAAGUGGAGCUGCCAUAGCGGUUUCAUCGGAUGCUCUCGAAAAGGCAAAAGCGCUUUGGAAAGAAUUUGAUGAAGCCAAUACGGAACAAAGUCUUCUGCCACAAGAGGAAGAACCCAAAAACGAUCCAGAUGCAAGCCAUCGUAAGCGUAAACUAUCAUGCACGGUGGAUGAACCAGUACUAACUCCAACGAAAAAGCCACGGACAGAUCAGCUUUAUCCAGCAGCAUUGUUUCAAACAAGCACACCAGCGUUAGCCGGUAAACAGCUUGAAGUUUCACACAACGCACGUAAUCCAACGGUAGAAUCUACAUCGGCACACGAUGUGGAUGAAUUUUUCGCUCAACUGGACGAUAACGAAUUUCAGGAAAUGUUCGGCUGCCAGCAAACGGUCGGAAAGAAGCAAAAUAAGUUACUUGCCAAAUUUGAGCAAUGUUCCAGCACGCACGUACCUGUCAAACCGUCUGCCAAACUGAUCGGAUCGGAUUGGGAUGAUAGUUUUUCGGAGAUUCUACCUAACCUUCCUGCAUCGGAUGAGUCGAACGAACAGAAAUUAGCUAGAGCAAGGCUUCCACCAGAAAACGUGCAAAGGAAGCGAAAGGAAGAGCUACAAAAGCAGUUGCAGUAUAUAGAAAAUAAACCGGAAAGUGAGUGCCGGCAGCGAAUGUUUGUAUUUUGUAGCAAAAAACUACAAAAGAAUCGUGUUCGGUUGAAGGAGUUUGUCGAAUCAAAUGCCCCACGCAUGGCAGAAGUUGUAACUUCGGUAAUGAAUGUGACUCAGGAGUACGUAAAGGAGUUUCGUUUUAACGUGGCAGAUUAUUAUGGGGAAACGUUUAGCUGUUCUAAUACCGAAGGAAUUCCACUUGGAUCAGAUGGGAAAGAAGGCUGCUUACUGCUCGCUUACGACUCUACCGUGGGAUUAGAAGAGUUCAAGAGUGCCUUUCUUGCCUCUCCAGGUAUUGAUCCUCGACUCGUACCAGAAGGCUGGAUCGAAAAUAGUUGGCGUUGGAUCGUGACCAAGCUAAGCGCACUGGAGCGCAAUUUUAGCACUUACUUCCAUGGUGUUUUAUCACCGGAAAGUGUCUUCCACCAGCUGCAAUAUCGUUACCAUGUGGAGAUCGAUUCCGCUCGUCGAUCAGCGCUGAGAAAAAUGCUCGAAAAAGAUGAUGUUCCAAGCCGUCGGAUGGUAUUGUUCGUUUCGAACAUUUUCCAUAGCGUUGGACCAGCCGGAGCAGAACUAGAACUCUCCGAUGGAUGGUACAGUGUGCGUACAGAUAUUGAUAAACCACUAGCGGGUGCUGUAGCUGCUGGUAAAAUCACGAUCGGAACCAAACUGAUGAUCCAAGGUGCAGAACUAUUAAACCACAGGGAUGGUUGUUCGCCGCUAGCAGUACCACAGGACGUGCGGUUAAAAAUCGCAACAAAUUGUACUAGACGCACCCGCUGGUCGGUUAAAUUAGGGUACUAUCGGUGCCCCGUACCGUUCCUGAUCGCAUGUAACACCAUUCACGAACGCGGUGGAUUGAUUGCUCUCGUACGGGCAAUGAUCGUUCGAGUGUAUCCGUUAUUGUUCGUUGAAAAGGCUUCCAAUGACGCACAGGGAUCGGUGCUACGUUCCGAACGCAUGCAGCAAAGACACAGCAGAAGAAACGAUGCGAAUCAGUUGGAAAAGCUGCACAAACUGCACAACAGAGUGCAGGAGGAAAUCGAACGGGAACGGGCGGCUGUAAGCUUGAACCGAAAUAUCCGUGUGACGGAGAGUACAACGACUGCCGAAUUAGAGGACUUACUGGAAAAUGGGCUUGAUGUUUCGUUUCUCGACAUCAUACUAACACGCUCGCAACAGGCUGUGAUCGAACAGUUCCAACAGCGGCAACAGGAGGAACUUCAAAAUGAAAUCAUUCGCCGGGUAAAGGCAGAGCUCGAAAACAACUCUAUACGUCCAACGGUCACAGCUCUGCUAAAAGUUCGACUAAUGGAUUGUUUGCGACCGGAACGAUCGUUCCUACUUUCAAUCUGGCGACCAACGGACGAAGUACGCAGUAUACUGAAAGAGCAAACUCUAAUCGAAUUCGGUCACCUUACAGCAAAUGGUACCAAAAAUAACGACGUACAGCUAACAGCUCACAAAAGCAGUACGUACAAAAAAGUUCCUCAAACGGAAGGAAAUGAUGUGCCUUCUGCGCAACACGCUCGCUUCUUUCGUACCAUUACCCCAAUCGGUACGAUCGAUGGCAUUAACUUUCGCCCCGUAUUUGGCGAGUUUGAUACGAUCGGUGUGGUGGUGCUGGUCGGAACAGCCGAAUCGAAAAUGUUCCAAUCGAUCUAUCUCGCCGAUACGGCCAUGGAUUUGUUGUGCAUCAAUUUCUGGCACGGGCUGUCCGAGUACGCUUACGACGAUGUGAUCCGUGAGCGAAAGAUCCUCUGCGUAGCUAAUCUACAGUGGCGAACGUUCAGUCGUCAAACGUCCGGCAUACCGCAAUCGUUCGCUACCGAGUACACGAUAUUUACGGAGAAUCCACGUGAGGACCACCUGCGGCAGGAAAGGGAUCGCUUCCAGCUCCAGCUAGAUGCGAUCGAUGGGGAUCAAUUUUUCCAGCGCUGUCAGGAGCGGAUAAGCGAGCAGCUGCUGAUGAACACGAGCACCGGUAGUGCCGGAACAACACCGUACCAGCAGCGGUCCGUGAGCAGGUUGCAGCAGCAUUCGACACCGCUGGGAGGGAAUAGUGCGACGAAGCGUAGAAUCGAAAAGCUUGGAUCGAUUUACGGUACCAGCCCACCGAAGUUGUCGCCGAUUGUGAUAGGCCGUACUCCGAAUCUUCGCCGAGGAUUCAAAACACCGGCCCGGGUGAAUGAGGAUGAGAAAGCGGGAUGAUCGAGUAAGUUUAGUUCAGUUUUUCUUUGCU